AUGUCGUCCACCAGCAACGCCUCCAUUGACAAGUUCAACGGAGACAAUUACGCAACGUGGAGCCGGUACAUGCGCGGUGUGUUUUUGACGAAGUCCGUCUGGCACGUCGUCAACCGUGAAGUGACUCCGACUUUCACCGACCCGCGAGCGUCCGAUGACUACGUCAAGGCAAGCAACGUCGCGUUUGGUAUGAUGCUGCUGCACAUGAACGCGGACUACCAUCAUGUGCUGGACAACUGCGAGGAAGCCUGGGUUGCGUGGACAAGUCUGAAGACGCUGUACGGUGGGUCGCAGAAGGCAGGACGCAUCUACCUCAAGCGACAACUUUUCAGUAUCAAGAUGGCUGAAGGCGCGAACGUCAUGCACCACUGCAACGAGGUCCUCAACAUCUCCGCCAAGCUUAGCGGCAUCGGUGCGAAGAUGGAAGACGAAGACGUUGCAAUUUGUCUGCUACUCAGUCUUCCGAAGAGCUACGAAAAUGUGGUGCUCAACAUGGAAAUGAGCAGCACCGAGCUUCGCACUCAAGAUGUGGUGAGAGUCCUGACGAAUGAGCAUGCCAAGCGUCAAGGAGAAAAAGGGACAACGACAGCGACUACGGUGAAGGCUGAAGAUGCAAGCAAGGCAUUCAGCGCCGAGCGUGAGCCCUACCAAUGCACGUAUUGUGGCAAGGUGGGACACACGGUGGAUCGUUGCUGGACAAAGCAGAAGAACGAAGGUCGGGGAGCCCGACGCGGCGGCAAUGGUCGUGGACGCGGGGGCUAA